AUGAGUAACAAAGAUUUGGCAUCAACUUUAAAGGAUUUGUAUUUUCAAAAAUUGAAGGAUGUUUUUGUGGAAGUUGAAACCAAGCCUUGUGUUAUUUCUAAUUCUCCUAAACUUAUUUCAACAUGUCAUUUUUGUGGUGAAAAAGGUGGAGAAAGUGAAGAGGGUGAAGAAGAUGAGGAUGAGGAAUUAGAGGUUACCACUGAUGAACCUAUAGGAGUUCCUGCACCAUCUCUAGAUAUUCCCACAUCUAGCAGUUUUAGAGUUAGAUUGAGUCAUCCAAUUGACAACGUGAUAGCUCAGUUUGAACCUAAGAAUGUUGACGAAGCUCUUCAAAGUUCUGAUUGGCUUAUGGCUAUGCAAGAAGAAUUGCUUCAAUUUGUGAAGAAUGAUGUUUGGGAACUAGUGCCUCGACCUAGUGAUGUUAAUAUCAUAGGGACCAAAUGGAUCUUUAAAAAUAAACUUGAUGAACAUGGUCUUCAAGUGAAACAACUUGAUGAUGGGAUUUUCAUAUCUCAAUCAAAGUAUGCAAAGGAGCUAGUUAAGAAGUUUGGUAUGAAAGAUUCAAAGCAUAUUCAAACUCCUAUGAGUACUUCAUCCAAAUUAGAUAGAGACUCUGAUCCUAACAAGGUUGAUCAUUUCUUGUAUAGGAGUAUGACUGGUAGGUUGUUAUAUUUGGCAGCAACUAGGCCAGAUAUUUCAUUUAGUGUAGGUGUUUGUGCUAGGUAUCAAGCUGAUCCUAGAGAACAACACAUUCUUGCAGUCAAGCGCAUUAUUCGUUAUGUCAAUAGUACAUUGAAUUAUAGAUUGCGUUAUUUUUCUGAGUCUAACUUUGAGAUUGCAGGCUAUACUAAUAUUGAUUGGGCUGGUAACAAGGAUGAUAGAAAGAGUACUUUAGGUGGUUGUUUCUAUGUUGGUACUAACCUUGUUUCAUGGUACAGCAAGAAGCAAAAUUACAUAUCUUUAUCAUCUUGUGAAGCUGAAUACAUUGCUGCUAGAACUUGUUGCACACAAUUGCUUUGGAUGAAACAAAUGCUUCUGGAUUAUGGAGUUGAUUAA